AAAAAUAAAUUUGCGGUUUAUAAUGAAACGACGCCGUUUCGUGGAAAAUAAAAUAGAAGAAAACUAUGGGCUGCUUCCUCUGUAAAUCGGUCUCCGAGUUCGACUCAGAACAAAGUUGGGGGGAGAAGAAGGAGAAGAGCGAAUCGGAAAUGGCAGGGAAGAUGAAGAGCGAGGCCAGCAGUAGCAGCAGAACCAGGAAUAAUAUAAUCAACAGUGGCAGAGGGGCAAGUAAGGUCGCCGAUUGUGGAAGGAAUAGAAGCUCUUGCGGCUACUGUAAAUCCCGUGGUCCCACAAGCAUCUCUCACGGUUUGUGGGCGCAUAGCCUUAGUGUCAAUGACUAUCAAGAUCUUCUUGACCGAGGAUGGAGAAGAUCUGGUUCUUUCCUUUACAAACCUGAGAUGGAAAGGACGUGCUGCCCUUCUUAUACAAUUCGUUUGAGAGCAGCCGAUUUUUCUCCUUCUAAAGAGCAGCUUCGAGUUGCUAGGCGAUUGCAAAGGUUUUUGGAUGGCAACCUGGAUUCUAAUAAAGCUCCCAAACAAAAGGAGGAUUCAAGUGCUUCCAAGGAAACACACAGUUGUGCUGAUCCUCAAGCUUCAAGUUCAGAAGUUAAAAAAAGCUCACCUAGCAAUGGUGCAGAGAAGACUGAGGGAGAAUCUUUAUUGAAUUCUUUAACAGAAAAAAUUACUAAUGCGAUUGACAUAUGUAUUGAGAGUGGGUUGUUUCCUAAUGACAUUCAAUUGCCAAAAGCUUGUGUUAAAAAAGUCUCACAAGGCAAAAGGAAACUGUUUGUGGAAGGAUCUGAAACUCUCCUGUACACGAGCAAUAUUGCAUUCCAGAUUGCUUCUGCUAUAAAACGAGCAAAACAAGCUCUGGAGCAUGUCCACCAGCCAAGAAUUUCCAAAGACACUGUGGAUGAAAAAGAGCUAUCUCCCAAAACAAUUGCAGAAAAGCUGGCGAGUUCCCUAAAUCAGCUGGCAGAAACUUCUGGUCUUUCUGUUAAGGCUUGCAAUGGACACAUUAAUUUUUAUUUAGGCGUAAAUAAGGCUUAUUUGGAUGGAAGUUCUGAGAUUGUAUCUAAUUCUGAAGGAUCUGCUACUAGACAUGAAAGUAAAGUGUGUUCUUCAGAGAAUAAUUAUGAUGGUUCCUCUGUAAAAAGGAGAAGGCUUGAGAUCCAUAUGACAAGGUCAAGUUUUGAUCCAGAGGAAUUUGCCUUGUACAGACGAUAUCAGAUAAAUGUACAUAAUGAUUCACCAGACCGUGUCACAGAAAGUUCAUAUAGGAGGUUUCUGGUUGAUUCUCCAUUAAUCUUUGUUCCUCCAACCAGUGAUGGUACAGUUCCACCUUGUGGUUUUGGCUCUUUCCAUCAGCGGUAUGUGAUUGAUGGCCAACUUGUUGCAGUUGGUGUUAUAGAUAUCCUCCCUAGAUGUUUAUCAAGUAAAUAUUUAUUUUGGGAUCCAGACUUUGCUUUUCUAUCACUUGGCAAGUAUUCAGCUCUACAAGAAAUAAAUUGGGUUAAAGAAAAUCAAAUUCAUUGUCCAAGUCUCCAGUUUUACUAUCUUGGCUAUUACAUUCACUCCUGCAAUAAGAUGAGAUACAAAGCAGCGUAUCGCCCUUCUGAGCUUCUCUGCCCUCUACGUUAUGAGUGGGUUUCGUUCGAUGUGGCCAGGCCGUUCCUUGACAGAAAGGCAUACGUUGUCUUAUCAGAUUGUGCUGCCCUACAAGAUGGAGAGUCCUCAGCACCAAAUGCUCCUGAACAAGCCAUGGAAGUGCAACAUCAUGACAAUAGCCUAGAAGACACCAAUGAUGUUCUUAUGCAUCAAAUGGAAGAGAUGGAUGAUGCUGAAUAUGAUAGCUCUGACAUUGAUUCAGGUGGAGAAUCCAGUGACCCGGAAUCUAUCCAAGUGGAAGAUGGAGAUAUCGGUAAUUUAUUAAUUGGGAUGAGAGGAACUUGUAUGAAGUACAAGGAUCUACAGCGAGCUUUUGGUGCCAGGGAAAGGGGUCACUUGGAAAGUCAGUUGCGUAGAUACUUACGUGUUGUUGGAAAAGAGCUUGGGGAGCAAAUGGUGUAUUCACUUGGGUGAUUUGAUCACUUGUACAUUGGGAAUGGCAUCACAAUGUCAAUGUACAUUUAUGACUUCGUUGCCCAAGUCGUGGUGAGUUUGGGGCUAAAAAAGUAAGGCAAUUGUAAUGAACUUUCUUCCUCUCUUGUAUUACGCUUUGCUUUUACAGUUUCUAACAUUGGCCGCGUUCCAUAUGGUAUAAGGAUGUGUCUUCAUCCACUCGAUAUCGAAUGUGUUUUGUGUUCCAAUGAUCUGUUUACAUGUUUCUUAAAUGAAUAGAAUGGGUUAUAGGCGAGUGUAUUUUUUUA